UAAAGACUGCUUUGGACUCAGCCUAUGCUCCUCUGUAUCAGUGAGGAACCUUCCAUGUGAGGAACACACGAAGGCGAGGACUCAUCUCUCGCGAGGAACAGCGCCGUUAUCGGAAUCUCUACAAACAACACGAGAAUUCAUCAUUCACACGCUGAACAAUGUCUGAGCAAGAGUUGGAUGAAAUUGUGCAAAUAACAGUUGAGGACUUUAACCAGGAUGACCGUACAGACAUGCUGGACAAUCAUGAAGACGACGAAGAAAGGCCUCAGAAGAAAAAGAGGAAAUUAAGCAACAGUCAAGAGAACAACAGCAACAACCAGGACAUAUCUUUUCUUAAGAACCUGUUGGUUUCUUUCACUUCAUCAAUCAGCCAGCGACUGGAGGGAAUUGAGUCAAAGUUACAGGCUCUGGAUGCCACAUGCAAAGCCCUUGGACGCAAAUUGGACAGCAUGGUGCCCUGUGCCAAGAGUCCCAUCCAGGUUCCUAUGGUUGCAGGGUCCCCUCAGGGGGCCACUCAAACUUGGAACAAAGUGCGAUGUGUUGUUCCACAAACAAAUGUGAUAGUGAGCAGUGAACACCCAAAGGGCUCUAGCCAAGAGGACACCCCGCUGGAGAACCUGCUCAGCAACACUGUGACCAGGCGGCGGCAAAACACAAUCCUGGUAAAAGUGCCGGGCCCAGAGGAGAGUCAGGAGGAACAGGAGAGCGGCUCAGAGGCCAGUGACUCUGUUUCCAAUGGUGGCCAUUCCAGCAAUGCACAAAAUGGCCAAAAUGUCACACUCAUCACUCUCAAUUCAGAAGAUGAUUAUCCAGAGGGCACCUGGCUGGGUGAUGAGAACAACCCAGAGAUGCGUGUUCGCUGCCCAGUGUCUGCAGCUGACAUGCUUCAUAUCAGUACAAAUUGCCGUACAGCAGAGAAGAUGGCACUGACGCUCUUGGACUACCUGUUCCAUCGGGAGGUCCAGGCCAUGUCAAAUCUCUCUGGGCAGGGCAAACAUGGCAAGAAGCAGCUGGACCCGCUCAUGAUCUAUGGCAUUCGCUGUCACUUGUUCCACAAAUUUGGCAUCACCGAGUCAGACUGGUACCGCAUCAAACAAAGCAUCGACUCAAAGUGUCGCACAGCCUGGAGACGCAAGCAGCGUGGCCAGAGUCUGGCUGUCAAGAGCUUCUCCAAACGCACACCUCGCAAUUCAGUCACAGAGGGAGGCAUCACAGAGGAAGCAGCCCACCUUGAGACUGCCACCCAGCAAACCUUGCACUACACACUGGCCAAUCAGCAGGUCCAGUUCCACCGUAUUGGCGAGGAUGGACAAGUUCAGGUGAUUCCACAGGGUCAGUUGCACAUUGCCCAGGUGCCACAAGGAGAGGAGGUGCAGAUCACACAGGAUAGUGAGGGAAACCUCCAGAUCCACCAGGUGCAUGUUGGUCAGGAUGGACAGGUGCUGCGAGGAGCUCAGCUGAUAGCAGUGGCAUCAGCUGAUGGAGGGGCCACAGCAGUAGAGGGCUCCCCGCUGCCCCCUGACAUUCAAGUGCAGUAUGUCCAGCUAGCCCCUGUCGCAGAUCACGCAGCUGCUGUACAGGCUGCUGAGCUUGCCCCAGCAUUGCAAGCCGACAUGGAAGUAAAGGAGGCCAUCCAGGGCGCCAUCCAUGGCGAGAAUGGUGAAGUGGUCCAGAUUGUCACGUCUGUGGCCACCUGAGAGCCCAUGUCCGGUUCAAGACAGCCCAGAACUCUGCCCUUAUAGCAUAGCCUGAUGAGGCUCAGUGGAACAACAGAGGUCAACACAUGCAUACAGUCUGGCAAGCAAUUAAGUCCGAAAACUUUUUUAACAAAUGCUGAAGGUCACUGAUGACAUGGAGGGAGGACACAUUUUUCUGUUUUUCGUUCUUUUUUUCCUCCGGCAAACUGCUCAAUUCAUUGCCAACCAGAUGUCGCAAUGUGGAAAUGUUCACAGGGAACUCGAAAAGACCACGAUACUCCAAAAUCAACUGCGGUCUUUCUGGUGUUUUCAUCACCAGAAGGACCUGGCCCACCGCAGAAUACACAGUGGGAUUAUUGUCUAUCCAAGGAGGAUGCUGCUUAUGCAGACCAUCACCCUGCCACUUCAUCAGCACACACGCUUGUUUACAUCAAGUUUGGAAAAUAGUGGAGCUAUUUGGAGUUAAGCUGCUUGGCUAACCCUGAAACCCCCGUGAGGGUUUGUAAGGAAAAAAAACAAAAAAACUCAGAAUCCCACCUCAAACAACCAGUCCUGUGCUCCUUUUCUCCUUAUUUUCUUUCAUUUCUUGUCAUGGUGGACUGCAGUGGAAAGCUCAUUUAGCUGAGGACAGCUACUCUUGGUUGUGAUAAAUCUGGCUUCCCGUCACUCUCCAUGAAUCAGCCCAUACCAUGUACCCCGGCUGUGAGCCCUGCCUUCUUUUACUUCAUUCAGCUUGUUUUCAUAUUGCUUUAGCUGCACAGCUUUGUUUGUUUGUUUGAUUUAUCUAAUUGUAAUAUGCUGAAAUGUUUGAGGAGCUUUAAUUUCAGAGGUAGAAGACCAUGAAAUAGAAGAGAUGGUGCCAGUGGUAGACAGUACAAGUUGCUUGUAGAAUACCAAGGAAACCUUGAAGUUGUUUAUUUCCCUGAGUUUUGUCUCUGUGAAAGAUACAUUCAUGUGAAUAAAACAUGUUUGUGGUUGCCAUAAAA